GACCAUAGACUCUACCCACCCCUGAUCAAAGGCUCACACAAUCAAAUGAAAUAAUGAGGCGAGAGAAAUCGAUAUCCUUCUGCACCAUUCCAAUCCCAGGCAGACGCUCGCCGAGAUUUGAAAUAUCUCCUUAGAAGCUCAAUCGUCUUCGCUGUUUCGGUUUCAGGUUUCCUGGCAUUUAUUGUAUUUAUUAUUGGUUUCUGGCUUUCUGCAGUCUAUUGGGUCAAGAUUAUCAGUUUCUCCUAUACUACGGUAGCCAAGUUAUAUAUAAUGGCGAGGAGUGAUAGAAUCAGUCUGCUCCCAGAAGAUAUAUUGGACCAUAUUUUGGGAUUCUUGCCCAUACAAGACAUUGCUAAAACUGCAGUUUUGUCUACCAUGUGGAGAGAUCUCUGGUUCACUCUAAGGCAACUUUGCUUUGAUCGUCAGUUCUUUCGCUACUUUGACAACAAAUGUAAGGCUAGCAGAUAUGAAAAGAUAUCUUGCGCUUUCUAUACAAUUAACAAAGUUAUGUUGCAGCACAAGGGAACAAUUCAGAAAUUUGUCAUUGAUUUAUCUCAUGUUGGGGAACGCACCAUCAAGUCUCGGUCUUAUGAUUGUGAUCAAUGGUUACCAUUAGUCAAAUCUAAAGGUGUUGAAGAACUCCACCUUUUUUUUAAGCUUACACCAUACAAUUACAAGCUGCCGAAUUGGGUAUUUUCAUGCUCAACACUCAAAGGAUUGCAUCUUGGUGGUUUCCGUAUUGAACCCACAGAAUUUCCUUCCACAUUAUCCAAUCUUACCUCACUAUAUUUACAUGCUGUUUGUUUUGGUCCUACGAAUCUGCCUUGCUAUGUUGUUGAUGGUCCAAUGCUAAAGAACCUAUCAUUUAGUAGUUGUAAUAGUAUAGCACCCUUCAAAAUCACUGCUAGAAGUCUUAGCAGUUUGACGAUAAAAAAUUGUUUCAAUAGAGACUCUGGCAAGAUUCUCCCAAUCGCUUGUGACUUGAUAUCUAUUCGUACUCUUGAUGUGGACUAUGGUUCUCUUGAGGGAUUACCAGUACAAGCAAAUGCAAUCAACCUGGAAUUGCUCAAGCUAUCGAAAUUUCGUUUCCAAGACGAUGUUACGACUUCUGCAUUUGUUCGGUUACUAUCCAUAUGCCCGAAGUUAUGCAAACUUGAAAUUACAUAUGCGGGGACAGAUGUUAACUGUAUAGAAUCUCUAUCGGAGCUCUUGAAAAACCUUCAUAGUGUGGCUCAAACAUGCAAAAAGCUUCUCUUUUUGGAGCUUAACUUAUACAAGGGAGAAUGGGCUGAAAUCCUUUUCAUAAACGAGAUGUUGGCCUCUCUUCCAGCACUUGAAAAAGUUACCAUCACUUGUAGUGGGCCUAGAAUGAAAAGUAAGAUUUUAGAAAGAGUUAUGUGUUUUGCUCGCACAUCUACUAAAGCAAAAAUUGUUAUUUAUCCAAGUUGAAUAAACUACUACGUAGUAGAAACUAGAAAUCAUUUGAUUUGUAUGAGCGAUGUGCAAAAUCGGUGGCAGUUUUUUGUGUUUAGUUUACACCGUUCCCCGUGUUACUUUUGUAUGAAAGAAUAUGUUAUGUUAUGCACUCGUGUCAUAUGUAUGUCAUUGUUAAAGAAUAAUACGGAGUAGUAAGUUUUCAUGGAGGCG